AUGUCCAAGGACGCUGGCACGCCGAGAGUUUUCCUCGCCCGUCAUGGCGAAACCGAAUGGUCUGCCAAUGGCCGUUUCACCGGCACUUCCGAGAUUCCACUCACCCCACACGGCGAGCUGCAGGUCAUCGGCACAGGCCAAAAGAUGGCUGGACCCGGUAAGCUGAUUGACCCGGCGAAGCUGGUACGCAUCUUUGUGAGCCCGCGCCAGCGUGCCCAGCGCACGCUGGAGCUGCUUCUGCCCAACAACUCGACCGAGACGGAGAUCACAAACGACAUUUCCGAGUGGGGAUACGGCAAAUACGAGGGUUUGUUCUCGCAUGAGAUCCGCCAGGGCCGCAAGGAGAGAGGGCUCGACAAGGAGCGGCCCUGGGAUAUCUGGAUCGACGGAUGCGAGGACGGAGAGAGCCCCGAGCAAGUCACGGUCCGCAUCGACUCUCUGAUUGCCCGUAUCCGGGAAAUGCAAAAGGAUUCGAUGCACGGCGAGAAGCCCGCUGAUGUGUUGAUUAUUGCUCACGGCCACUCUCUUCGCGCCUUCACCAGGCGCUGGCUCGGAUACCCGCUUUCCUUCCCGCUCAGCGUCAUGCUUGAUCCCGGCGCUGUUGGCAUCUUGAGCUACCAACACCGUAACAUCAAUGAGCCGGCAAUGCUCCUGGGAAUGGCCCUGCCGGCUGAUAAAUAG